AUUCACCCUGAAGUCCCAGAACCCCGUCCUCCUUGGACCAAGCCUGCUCUUGGUGCCCAAUGGCAGAUGGGGGCCCACAGGAGACUCACUGUAGUUCCCUUCUACCCGUUACACUGCUAAGUCUGGCCCUCACAGCACUGCCCUGUCCUGCCCUGUCCCUGGCCCCAGUGAGCUGGCUGGAGUUGCAGGUACCAGGGUGACCACAGGGAGGAGGGUGUGAGGGCUGGGGAGGGAGAGGGUUGACAGAAGGCGGGGACUCUAGGGGCUGAGGACUAUAAAGGGGCCAGGAGGAGAGCAGGGGAUGCAUCCAGCCGGAGGCAGGCACCCACUUGGUCCAGGACUCACUUGCUCAGGACUCAGGAUGGCUGCUGCACGCCGCUGCCUCUCCCUGCUGUUCCUGUCCACGUGUGUGGCUCUGUUGCUGCAGCCGCCGCCACUGGGUGCCUCGGAGGACACAGUGAAGCCAGUGAUCCCAGGGGAGGAAGCCACACCAGAGGAGGUGGCCCAGUAUGUGACCGAGUUCCGCAGAUACAUCGACAAGCUGACCAGAUCCAGGUGUGAGAAAAGAGACCAAGAAGAAACGCUGCGGAACUUCUUGGAGUGGGGAGCCCCCAACAAAGUUGCCCCCAGGGAGCUCAGCCAGAUGGACGUGUAAGCCACCCCCGCCUCCUCCGCCUCCAAGGCCAGUGCCGGCCCAGGUCUCUCCUCCACACCCGGGGCUCUGGCCAAAGCUUGCUCCCCACUCCCACAGGCUGAAUAAAGCAAAUCAAAGACA